AUGCUAGGGGUGCCUUGGGGCAUGGGGCACUCACGAGGGGGUGCGAGGGGCACCCACGAGGGGGUGCGAGGGGCACCAACGAGGGGGUGCGAGGGGCACUCAAGAGGGGGUGCCAGGGGCACUCACGAGGGGGUGCGAGGGGCACCCACAAGGGGGUGCGAGGGGCACUCACGAGGGGGUGCAAGGGGCACUCACGAGGGGGAGCGAGGGGCACUCACAAGGGGGUGCGAGGGGCACUCACGAGGGGGUGCGAGGGGCACUCACGAGGGGGUGCGAGGGGCACUCACGAGGGGGUGCGAGGAGGGGCUCUCACGAGGGGGUGCGAGGGGCACUCACGAGGGGGUACGAGGGGGUGCGAGGGGCACUCACGAGGGGGUGCGAGGGGCACUCACGUGGGGGUGCAAGGGGCACUCACGAGGGGGUGCGAGGGGCACUCACGAGGAGGUGGUGGGCGGCUGA